GGCGGAACAUGUCCAAAUACUGCUGAUGGAAAAAAUUGCCAUGCCGGUGCGCUUUGAGCUUUCGUCACACAGACCAGCGGGCGCAGCCGGACGUUUUACCGAAGCAGCAACUGAAAGGAACCGACUAUCUUAUAUAGCCUACGGAGACUUUGCCGAGUGACUGCUCACUUGAGUCAGAAGGCGUGAAAUUCAUUGGUACACAUCCCGCUCAAGGGGUUUUGUAAAGCAAAUGUGACGAUCUGUUGCCGUUUCCCAUCACAGGAGAAAACGGAAAAUGUCGUUGAGUGAAGAGAAGAACGGGACAUGCGAGAGGUCCAUAUAUGUCAACAAUCCCCAUUUGGAUUACAUGAAAGAUGACAUCCUCUACCACUUUAACCUUGCAACAUCCUCUCACGAUUUACCAUCGAUGUUCGGAGAUGUCAAAUUUGUGUGUGUAGGUGGAAGUCCAUGGAGGAUGAAGUCUUUUACUGAAUACAUUGCCAAAGAAUUGGGGCUUGCAGACCCAAAUGCAGAAUUCCCAAAUAUCUGUGCUGGGACUGAUCGCUAUGCAAUGUACAAAAUUGGACCUGUGCUGUCUGUCAGUCAUGGCAUGGGCAUCCCAUCGAUCUCUAUAAUGUUGCAUGAGCUUAUCAAGCUCCUCUACCAUGCACAGUGCACUGAAGUCACACUAGUGCGCAUUGGAACGUCAGGUGGAAUAGGUUUAAAGCCAGGGACAGUGGUUGUUACCAAACAGUCAGUAGAUUCUAUGUUCCAGCCCCGUUUUGAGCAGCUUAUCCUGGGCAAACCAGUGGUCAGGAGCACAGAACUUGAUGGGGAACUUGCAGAGGAGCUGCUUCAGUGCAGCAAAGAACUUGCAGAGUUUGAGACUGUCAUUGGUAACACAAUGUGCACACUAGACUUCUACGAAGGUCAAGCUCGGUUGGAUGGGGCUUUCUGCUCGUACACGGAAGAAGAUAAACAGAGCUAUCUUGCUGAAGCCUAUGCUGCUGGAGUUCGUAACAUUGAGAUGGAGUCAUCUGUGUUUGCAGCCAUGUGUAAACUGAGUAAUCUUCGAGCUGCUGUUGUGUGUGUAACACUACUGGACAGGCAGAAAGGAGACCAGAUCACCAGCUCGCAUGAUGUCCUGAAUAACUACCAGCAGCGACCUCAGGCCCUGGUUGGACAUUAUAUCAAAAAGAAGCUGAAUGCAUUUAAGAAAUGCUAGUUUUGUACUAGUUAAGACAGUAGUACAGUACAGUUUUGUUCAGGGCAAAGCAUAAAGGUGCACUCAGUAUUUUUGGUGUAAGUUAGAAUUAGUUAUGGUGAUGAAGUGAGUAGCUGGUAGUCUGGUCAUAAGAUCUCACAUGUCAGCUGCCAUGAGAUGACCUGGUCCAUGUAAAUAAGGCUAAAUUCAGAAUCACAUACUUCCAUUUUACUCUUCCUAUUUCUGCUGUUUACAGAGACAGCAGGAAUAGUAAGAGUACUAUGGUAGUAUGCAAUUCUGAAUUCAUCAUAAAACAUUGUUUAAUAGGGUACUGAUCUGAUGUGUGAGAACAUGAUAAAAAAACAAAAAACAAUUGUCAAAAGAACUAUUUAUGUCUUGACUUUUUAUAUGUUGAAAAAAUACUGAGUGCACUUUUAAUAAGUAGGGAAAAAACAGCUCAUAUAUGCUGACCGCUUUAUUAAAAUGACUUAAGUAACCGAAAUACCUUUUGAUUUAUUUCUACAGUUUGCCACUGCAUUUGCUAACAUGUAUUAUCUUGCCUUGAAUAUACUGCACUGGCUUAAUUGUUUUGAAAUGGUAAUGGGAACAGUUUGUUCUUCACUUUUAAUUGUUUAACCAGAUUUUAUGCCAGAUAUGAUUUACUAUUUUAUGCCAGAUAUUUAUUAUUAUUGUUUAAAGAUACUGCUGUCAUUAAUACUUAAUUUAGAAAAGUAAGAGGACUGAGCAGUUCUUUUUGCACUUUUUAAGGGUUAUUUUCCAAAUAAUAGUUAACCUCCUGCUUUUGUUGCGGUGUCAUAUAAGUUUAUGAACAAGUGUUUGUAAAAUUCUACUGUAAAAAUCACAAAUGUCUUAAAUGAGUAAAUACAAACUUUCUCGAGUUUGCAACAUGUUUAACUUUCUAAAUAUUAUUUUAAUUCCAUAACUUAAUGUUUUAUGUUGUAACAUUCAGAGAAAUAAAACACAAAGGUGAUUUUA